CCUCCAUUCUCAAGCCAUCCAUCAGCUGCAUGCAAACUUGCUUCAUUCACUACUAGCUACUUCUACUGCGCACAGUUGCAAGCUGCAGCACCUGAAGAGCUCUGGCCUUUUCAGAUCGAGAGAGAUCAAGGCCUGUUCAGCCAUGGUGGUUCCGGUGAUCGACUUCUCCAAGCUCGACGGCGCCGAGAGGGCGGAGACCAUGGCGCGGAUCGCCAACGGCUGCGAGGAGUGGGGGUUCUUUCAGCUGGUGAACCAUGGCAUCCCGUUGGAGCUUCUUGACCGCGUGAAGAAGGUGUGCUCCGAGUGCUACCGCCUCCGGGAGGCCGGGUUCAAGUCGUCGGAGCCGGUGCGCACGCUGGACGCGCUCGUGGAGGCGGAGCGGCGCGGCGAGGAGGUGGCGCCGGUGGACGACAUGGACUGGGAGGACAUCUUCUACAUCCACGACGCCUGCCAGUGGCCCUCCGACCCGCCGGAGUUCAAGGAGACCAUGCGCGAGUACCGCGCCGAGCUCAAGAAGCUCACCGAGCGGGUCAUGGAGGCGAUGGACGAGAAUCUCCGCCUGGAGAAGGGCGCCAUCAAGGGCGCCUUCUCCGGCGACGGCCUCCACGAGCCGUUCUUCGGCACCAAGGUCAGCCACUACCCGCCGUGCCCGCGCCCGGACCUCAUCACGGGGCUGCGCGCGCACACCGACGCCGGCGGCGUCAUCCUGCUGUUCCAGGACGACCAGGUCGGAGGCCUGCAGGUGCUCAAGGACGGCGAAUGGACUGACGUGCAGCCGCUCGCCGGCGCCAUCGUCGUCAACACCGGCGACCAGGUGGAGGUGCUCAGCAACGGGCAGUACCGCAGCGCGUGGCACCGUGUCCUGCCGAUGCGCGACGGCAACCGCCGCUCCAUCGCCUCGUUCUACAACCCUUCGGACGAGGCCACCAUCUCUCCGGCGGUGGCCGGCGACGAGGCGUACCCCAAGUACGUGUUCGGCGACUACAUGGACGUGUACGCGAAGCAGAAGUUCCAGCCCAAGGAGCCGAGGUUCGAAGCCGUCAAGGCGCCAAAGUCAUCUCCGGCCGCUUAAAACAAAUUAUUAAGGAGACUACAACUCAAUUAUUAUUUAUUUAUGAUUUAUAUUUAAUAGCAUGAAGACAUAAGUUUAUUUUAACUUAUUAUUUUCGUUGUCAUUGUGUCAUUGUGUCAUGCUGUUUUUUCCAUAACAUGUAGUGACUAGUGUUACGUUGUUGCAGUGUGUAGUGAAAAAACAAGCCUGUAAUUCUUGUUCCUUGGUGUUGGAUAGAACUAUGUACUUGCAUAUCCACAUCUUGGGUUCUUGUAUACACAUCGUAUGAUUAUGAACCACUCUUGUUUACGUAUAA